AAUUUAACUUCCUCCAAAAUUUCCCACUAUACGGCAAGUGUUCCUGACCUGAGGACGCAUCUCCAGAUACAGAAAGAGUACAUGAAGCAACUAGUGGACAAGAAAGUGCAAGAGAAAAAUGGAGUCAAUACCACAACCGUCACUCAACUAACUCAAGGAGGAACAAAACUAACCCAACAGCAACAGAUCAAUGUCAUCCUAAGACAGCAGCAGCUUAUUAAAGAGCAGCAGCAGCAGGCUACACUGGUACUCAAGGGCAGAGUGAUCGGUACCAGCAGCUCUAGUAGCCCCCAGAGGUCAGCCUUCCCUAGGAAAGGUGGACUGACUGGUUUGAUUGGUAAACUGAAGACUCCAGGGGGUAAGGAUGAUAGCCCUGCCUCGCCUGGUGGGACUGGAGCUAAGAAUAAAGUACAAGAGGAUCAGGAUGAAGAGGAGGACCAUAUUGAUAACUUUGCUGGUGUCAAUUUAAAGGAGGAGACGGCUCAUUUUUUACCAGCAGCAUCAGACACACCCACAAAGAGCAUCAGUGAUGAAACCUUUUUAUCUACAGCAUUACUACGAAAUAAAGUGGCAACUAUUGAAUCUCGUUAUGGUGUCACAGAGAUAACCAAAGAAUUUUUAACUUUCUUGUCUCAUGCAACUGAGGAGAGACUAAGGAAUUUAGUAGAACAGGUAACUGUAAUCAGUCAACACAGAACUGAGCUACUGAAGGUUUGUUCACACUCUACAUGUACAUGUACUUUGUGACACGUCAAUUUGUUAA